UAGCAACCGAAUUUGACCCCAUCGAGGGCGCACAGCAGGUGAUGUCACUCAGUCUUACACCCCACGCCGACCUUUGUAUGGAAGACACAGACACAAGAAGGGAAAACCGGCACAUUGCUUUCUUCCUAUGGAGACGACAAAGGCCUGGACCCCAAGGCUCAUCGCUGCAAACAGCAGACGGACAGGUGCGAGGCAUGCAGGCCCUCUAUGUGUCCUGCAGGCUUCUUUGGCCCCUGCAUGGUUUGUGCAGCUCCCUUGCCUAGUCGCGUACACGGGUCACUGAUAGGUCUGGAUGACCGAUAAUGGUGGACAGAAACAACACGGAGGUCAGCAAAGAUUGCUUUCGCCCUGAAAAAAUGCCCGCUCAGCGUACCGAGCGGAAAGUGGUUAUGCGGGGUCCUGACCAGAAAGAAAGUCCCAUGAAUCCGGAGGCUUUUGAUCUGACGUGAGCUUACAGGAGGACAAUUGGAUAGACAGGCGAGAUCGUGAGAGAGCCCAACAUGACAAGGAGAAACGUCCACUCGCCCAGGAACUUGGAGACAAGCAUCCGCCCUGAACGCAAUAUACAGAGAUACACACACACACACACAUACGAACACACACGAACACACACACACACACACGCACACACACUGCUAUUGGAUGUCUCCCUUCCCUACUUGGUGUGGGCAGGUAUGGCUUGCAGAUGGACAGCACCAGGUAGGUGGUAAUGCUGUUGAAGACCGUUGUGAAGACGGUAAACCUGUGGCAGCAAAGAGCACAUUUUUGGUCAGAUAGAUAGAGAGGCAGACAAGAUAGACGGAUACAUUCAAGUCAAUUCCUUCCCCUUGUUCCCCUUUUGCGUACAUGAAGAAUCUGUCGAAUGCCUCUUGACUGAGGUCGGUGAAGGCGGGGUACAGGUGGCCAGAUGGCGCUACGUUCCGUAUGUACCACAUGUAGAGAAACACUUGGAAUGGGCCGAUUAUCUGCACACAACCAACAGGCAAUCAAGCCACCAAGGACAGGCAGAUGCGCGAUGCAUGUCUCCCUCCCCCGCCUCACCAACCUCUGUGAAAGCUUGAAUGAGGAAGGUACCAAAGGCGGCCGUCACGUCCUCAAAGAUGCGAUCGUCCAACGUAUAGAUGGACAGCAGCUCCCCCGUUCCCCCCCUCACCAGCGACACAAUUGCCGACGAACGGCGCCCUGUGGACGCCACAAGACUCUUGAUCGACGACCGGCGCUUUGCUUGAUACGCCUCGAGCUCCUUAUCGAGCUGCUCCAUCUCCUUCGCCUUCUCCGCGACUGUCACGCUCUUUCUCUGCGGGAUCGGCUGCUGCUGCUGCUGCUGCUGCUGUGGGGGCUCAUCGGAUUGGGAGGAGGCUUGGAAAUCGCUCGUCUGGCUCUGAGGCGACAGGACGUCGUCAGGCACGGCCUUGUUAUCGGCGUGAAGGUGCCCGAUGGUGACUUGUUUGACCGGCGGCUGCAUCGAGAACAUGGCUGCCACGUCACUUUCCUGCUGCUGCUGCUGCUGCUGGUCUUCAGUGUUGCCAUUGUCGGCUGCUGCUCCCUCUUCAAUGUCGUUGUGGUCCCUGAGAUGUUGGGUGGUGUGUGCGGUAAGAUACUUGGCUAGCGCGCUGUGGCGGCGAGACGCCAUGAACGCCUCCGGGUUCUUCCUUUGAGUGUUUGGCGAGUGCACGUUUGGCAAUGUCUCCAUGCCGUAGCCUGCCGUAUGUAUACAUCAACGCAAGACGAUAAGAGCUAAGUACCCUGACUGCAUGGAGAUGUGUGUACCGACCGCAUGUGAGGACAAGGAGCAGGUUAGACCACAGGCACCUGCAGCAGCUCUCCAGAGUGAAACUCCUCUGCGGCUGCUUGGCACGCCUGUACUCGCCUGUGGACGUCACGCGACGCACCGCUCUGUUGUGCUCCUGCAUUGCAUGCAUGCCGUAGUCAGUCAAUGAAGGAGGUGCGUACUCGCUCUCCUUGGCUUUGCUUUGCUUGGUUCACCUACGCGGAUGAUGGUAUAGGCCGGGUAGGCAAGAAACAGGCACCGCUGGAGCGCCGACAUCCAGAACUGGCAUCAUACAGACAUACAAGUAUGGACCAUGGCUGCCUGUUUCUGCCUGUCUUACCACCCACACACGGAUCGUUGGGAACAAGAUAGACAUGUACCUGUAGGCCAGGCAACAGAUCGAUCAGCCUGCGGGUCACUUACACAGUAUGUCUGUGAGCGAACAGGUGUCAAUGAGGUGCUCACAUCGUGGUGACCAUUUCAGGCAACCUAAUGCAGAAAGAGCACAACGACAUGAUGAAUGAGAAAGGUUUUUUGAACGACAUAUAUAUACAGACAGACAUACAUGGCUCCUGCGAUCUCCAUCUUCCUCCUGGUCUUUCUCAGCACGUUCCUCGCGAAGUAAACCAGGUAAUAUCUGCGGACAGACAGAGAAACAAAUCGAUGUGCAUCCAUCACUCAUGUCCCUCCGUUGGCCUGCCCGAAUGUAGGAAAGAUGAAGACCAGCAUUCCCUCCACGAAGGCCUGCUUGUGCUGCGCGGCCAACACGACCAAUGACGUGUACAGCACCACCGCCAGCCAGAGGGCCGGCGCAAACAUGCAGAUGAAGGUGCAGAAGAGCCAGCGCUUGAAGCCCUGCAGACACGCAUUCACCGCCGGCCGUCAGAGAGAGAGAGAGAGCAACAGCCAUCCUGGGGUUAGCGAGCCCACCUACCCAGGAGCUGGUCCAGUAGCGCUCCUUCCACUUAGGCAGAGCAAAGAGGACGCAGAAACACCUACAAGGCCGGAAGUAACAAGAAAUACGCGCAUUCAAUCCGUUCCUCGUGUAUCUGGCUCACUGGACAACGAAUAUCGGUAUUCCAAUGACGAAGGCAUGCGCAGGCACACCUGGUAGGGAGAAGACGGAACCAUGUCUCCUUUUAAGUGCGCCACGCCAUAUGAAUUCGCUUUUGCGCCUUUUUCUGUGCUGAGGAUAGGUCACCGGUGACUCCUGAGCCAGCACUGAUGCCCAGGGUAAUUGCUGGCCCUAUGAGACCCGGAACGAAUGACCACUGAAUGAAAUGCAAGCAGGCAGGCCACAGAUAUGAAUGCGUCCGUCUGUCUGUCUGUCUCUGACCAAGAGUGUCCAGAAGGUUAUUUGCUCCGAAAGAAACCCGGGGAUCCAGGUACAGGGUAGGGCACCUAUCAACAGACGAAACUAGAGAGAGAGGGAGAGAGCCUGAGAAGGCAAUAUGUCUCUCAGUUUCUUGUCUUCACCAUUGGCAGGUAGCCCCAAAAGUAGAGUAUCUGGUCCUGUAGAACACGCAUCCAUUCCUCAUCUAUGGCCAGACAUUGACAAAGAUCGAAGGAAGGAAUACGUUCAUCACCUGCCAUGGCUGAUCCUCCUGAACGCAUAAAAUUCAGAGAGAAAGAGAGAAAGAGAGAAAGAAAGAAAGAAACAGAAUGAAGGAAAGAAAGAGACACGGAGGUAGGUCGAUCAAGUGUCUUACGUACAUCUUUGAGGGGCAUGCUAUUCCAUAUCAGCCCCAUCAACGUGGGGACGAGCGCCAGAAAAAUGAUGCGGCAGGACACAAACAUGAGGUCGCCCACCGGCCCCGUGCAGCGUUCCCGCUGAGGGCUGUCCAGCACCCACGUGGUGAUUAUACUGUCGUCAUCGCCAAAGGCCGACCUACAGAUGCCACCAGAUCCCUCCAUGCAGACAAAACACAUCCGGCUACUCUGCCCUCCCAAUCAAGCAUUUAAGGCCACCUGACGGCGUCGAUAAAAGCCACAACGCGCCCGCUCCUGAAGAAGCUGUCGAACAAUGAUCGCCGCGUCGACGCGUCUCCGCCCUCCUCCGACUGAAAAGCCUGUGACCCGCCACUCGCAGCCAGGGCCUGGCCGUCCUCGCCCCUGCGCGACAGCAUCACAGACUUCUUCUUGCUGUCAGGAGACGGCAGCGGCAGACUCGGUCCUGGCGCGGUCGUGUCUGUCGGGUGUGUGUCGACCUCUCCUGGAAGCCCCUCGAGCUCUGGCGCUGUCUCGUUGGUGUCAACGAAGAGAGCCUCGCCCACUGCAGGGAUGUUUGAUGCCCAUGUCGGGCUGUCUUCAAGUAUGGACGCGGCUUGCGAAUGGGCGCCUGGUGACGCAUCGGUGUCGCCUGUGGGGAGGUGAACGGUCCUGUUGAUCUCUUCAUUUUCUUCCAGAGGGGGAGGGGAGGCAGGAGAGCCCAUGGCUGGUCCGGGGCGGCUCAGCUUCUGGUUCUUGUCGGGUCGGAUGACAACAGAAACAUCGUCUGAACGCGUGGGCCCUUCCGUCAUGACUCACAGAUUGGGAACUCUAUCGUCUUCUCUGGCGACACCGAAAGCAGCGACAUGGUCACACCAAAGAAUGAACGCAUGUCGUGCCA